GCCUAACAAUAGGGCCCUGGCAUGGCCUCACAGAACAGAAUGGAGGCAGUGACCAAAGAAACAGCGUUCUGGCGCUGCCCCAAGUCAGCCGUUUAUACCCCAGAGACCCGCAAGCUGCUCAAAGAGAUGAUGAAGGAAUCCAAACUAACCAGCUUCCAGCAGCGCUACCUCACGGACACUAUGAGAAGAGAUCUGGAAAAGGAGAAGCAAAGACUCCAAACUAUCCUUGCCACUGGGAAGGACCCGGCAGAAUGGAAAAGGAAGGCAGCCCCUGUGCGGCAGCAGGACCCAGCGCCUGAGCCAGACCGCUUUGAAGAACUUGUGAAGGAAGUCCAGGAGAGGAAGGAAUUCCUGGAUGCCAUGGAGGCCCUGGGGCAGGGCAAGAAGUACCAAGGAAUCAUCCUGGCUGAAAUCUCCCAGAAACUACGGGAAAUGGAAGACAUUGACCGCAGAAGGACUGAGGAACUUAGGGAGGCUCUUGCCACCACUUAGAGACGGCAGGGCAGCUCACACUGGA